UCGACGGCGCAGUUUCUCGGCCCCGGCGCGUCCAUCUGCGGCUUGUCACGUCUGGCGUGGCACGAGCGCCGGAAUAUGCUGUGUUGUUAUGCCGCUAUCGAAAAUACAAUCGCGUCCGCUCAGGCAGCCAAGAAAUAAUGUCGUCUCUACCACCGUUCACAUCCACAGCUUAGUUUCUAAACUCCGUCAACUGGCUGACUGUCGCGCCGUAGUGUCAGCGCGGUAGUUUGGGGACUGGACGCCGAAAGGCGGCACAGGGUGGCGGUUUUUGUCGCGCUGAUCCGAGGCCUUUGCCGCAAACCCCCCCCCCUCCCUUCCCGCGCGUGCGCCCCCGGAGAGUCUCGCGUUUCAUGUUUCAAUAGUCGUUUUUAUUGAUCAUUCCUGCUUGUCGGAAGAUGGACACGGACAAGUUCAAUUACGUUUACAGUUGUGACUUGGACAUAAAUGUUCAACUCAAAAUAGGCAGUUUGGAGGGCAAGAGGGAACAGAAGAGCUACAAGGCGUUGCUCGAAGACCCGAUGCUGCGUUUUUCUGGCCUCUACCAGGAGAACUGCUCGGACCUCUACGUUACGUGUCAGGUGUUUGCCGAGGGCAAGCCCCUCGCUCUGCCCGUACGCACCUCCUACAAGGCAUUCAGCACCCGCUGGAACUGGAACGAGUGGCUCCGGCUGCCAGUGAAGUACCCGGACCUUCCCCAGAGUGCCCAGGUGGCCCUCACUGUGUGGGACGUCUAUGGGCCGGGCAGAGCCGUCCCUGUUGGGGGAACCACUGUCACUCUCUUUGGCAAAUAUGGGAUGUUCCGGCAAGGAAUGCAUGACCUGAAGGUGUGGCCUGGGGUGGAGGGGGAUGGAGCUGAGCCCACAACCACACCAGGCCGCACCAGCAGCAGUCUGGCUGAAGACCAGAUGGGCAGACUGGCCAAGGGCCCUGACCUGGAGGUACUCAGUGAUCUGACGAAGGCCCAUAGACAGGGCCACAUGGUGAAGGUUGACUGGCUGGACCGUCUGACCUUCAGAGAGAUUGAGAUGAUAAACGAGAGCGAGAAACGCAGUUCCAACUUCAUGUACCUGAUGGUGGAGUUUCCACGUGUCAAAACCAACGACAGGGAGUACAGCAUUGUGUAUUAUGAGAAGGACGGAGAUGACGCAUCACCCGUCCUCACCAGCUGUGACAUCGUCAAAGUCCCUGAUCCCCAGAUGUGCAUGGAGAACCUAGUGGAGAGCAAGCAUCACAAGCUAGCUCGUAGCCUUCGUAGUGGGCCCUCGGACCAUGACCUGAAGCCCAACGCCGCAACACGAGAUCAACUCAACAUUAUUGUGAGUUAUCCUCCAACCAAACAGCUGAGCUCUGAAGAACAGGACCUGGUGUGGAAGUUCAGAUACUACUUGACCACACAGGAGAAGGCUCUGACGAAGUUCCUUAAGUGUGUGAACUGGGAUCUGCCCCAGGAGGCCAAACAGGCCCUGGAGCUCCUCGGUAAGUGGAGGCCCAUGGACGUGGAGGACUCCCUGGAGCUGCUGUCCUCCCAGUUCACCAACCCCACCGUCAGACGCUAUGCGGUGGCGCGUCUGCAGCAGGCGGAUGACGAGGACCUGCUGAUGUACCUUCUCCAGCUGGUCCAGGCCUUGAAGUAUGAGAGCUUCACUGACAUCCAGGGGGGCCUGGAGCCAGGCAGCAAGAGGGACAGCCAGGGCCUUGGAGAGACUUCCACAAUGGAGAACCUGGACAGCUCCCAGAUCCUGACGGGUCCAUCUGUGGCCUCGCCUGCUACCCAGAAAGGCAAAGAUGGGGCAGAUAAUGAGAAUUUAGAGCAAGACCUGUGCACGUUUCUCAUCUCCCGCGCCUGCAAAAACUCCACACUUGCCAACUACCUGUACUGGUAUGUGAUAGUGGAGUGUGAAGAUCAGGACACGCAGCAGAGAGACCCUAAGACCAACGAGAUGUACCUCAACGUCAUGAGGAGGUUCAGCCAAGCGCUGCUGAAGGGUGAUAAGAGUGUGAGGGUGAUGCGGUCGCUCCUGGCUUCCCAGCAGACCUUUGUGGACAGACUGGUCCAGCUGAUGAAGGCUGUGCAGAGAGAGAGCGGCAAUCGCAAGAAAAAGACGGAGCGUCUACAGGCGCUGUUGGCGGAUAAUGAGAAAGUGAGUCUGUCAGAGAUCGAGCCCAUCCCUCUGCCACUGGAGCCGCAGAUCAGGAUCAGAGGCAUCGAACCCGAGACAGCCACGCUCUUCAAGAGUGCCCUGAUGCCAGCCAAGCUGAUUUUCAAGGCAGAGGACGGGGCCAUGUACCCAGUCAUCUUCAAACAUGGAGACGACCUGAGACAAGACCAGCUUAUCCUCCAGAUCAUCUCGCUCAUGGACAAGCUGUUGAGAAAAGAGAACUUGGACUUGAAGCUGACGCCUUACAAAGUGCUGGCCACCAGCACCAAGCACGGUUUUAUGCAGUUUGUUCAGUCUGUUCCUGUGGCCGAGGUUCUGGCGACAGAAGGGAACAUCCAGAGCUUCUUCAGAAAACACGCCCCCAGUGACAAAGGGCCCUAUGGCAUCAGCUCGGAGGUGAUGGACACCUAUGUUAAGAGCUGUGCUGGUUACUGCGUCAUCACCUACAUCCUGGGAGUCGGAGACAGACACUUAGACAAUCUGCUGCUGACUAAAACUGGGAAACUGUUCCACAUCGACUUUGGCUACAUCCUGGGUCGGGACCCCAAGCCCCUUCCGCCGCCCAUGAAGCUGAGUAAAGAGAUGGUGGAGGGGAUGGGGGGCAUGCAGAGCGAGCAGUACCAGGAGUUCAGGAAGCAGUGCUACACCGCCUUCCUCCACCUCAGGCGGUACUCUAAUCUGAUCCUGAAUCUGUUCUCUCUCAUGGUGGAUGCCAACAUUCCCGACAUCGCCUUGGAGCCUGACAAGACUGUUAAGAAGGUGCAGGACAAGUUUCGACUGGACCUGUCGGACGAGGAGGCUGUACAUUACAUGCAGAGUCUGAUUGACGAGAGUGUGGGGGCGCUGUUUGCCGCCGUGGUGGAACAGAUACACAAGUUUGCCCAGUACUGGCGGAGAUGAGCAGGACGGAGACGGCCAAGACCAAGCUAGACUGUAAGACACGGACAGACACACACACACACACACACACACACACACACACA